AAAGAUUUAUCUGAUGUUAAUUUUCUUGAGGCUACGUUUCCACAACUUUGAAAACGACUUCGGCCAUUGGUGCCUAAGCAAAAGUCGAAGCCAUUGAAAAUUGAACUCAACAUUAGAAUGAUGCAGGGUUUAUCAACGAUUGUUGGUAAAUAUAAAUGUUGUCAGAAAUACGAUUUUAGAAACAGUAUGAUGAUAAUGGAAGGCCAAGAGGUGAUGCAAUAUCAAUUUUUCCAUUUAAUUAAUUCGAUUAUUUAUUAAACUCUUUUGUUCAUAAAUUCCAGCCUUCCCGAUAUUAGGGCUUUGUCCCGAGCACCCCAUUUGGGAGAUUCUGCCCCGAUCUCAUUAGAAUCAAUCGCAUUACGUUAUAUAAGGUAAAAAACAAAACCAGUAAAUUGAUUAAAUCAUCAAAAAGCUUUAUUCUGAUAUAAAGGGUAAGGUUGUAUUGUACAAGGUGAUAAAAUUGCUUCAAUGACUGAAUUUUCCAGCAAACUAGAGGCAUCAAAAUUUGAAAAUUUCUUCACCCUUCCGCAGCAAACAUGUUACCGCCUUUGGUAAUAAUAUAUUAAGUGUGCUUGUUUAUUGCUUCCGUCGAAAAAUCUUAAAAACCUUACGAAACCUCAUGCAAUCUUAUAUUUUAGCUUAUCCCUUUAAUUCCUUAUCCAGAUGUACAUCUGGAUAAGACCACGUGACCGAUACCCUAGCCGAAAAUAUUUUAUUUUGGAGCUCCAAGGCAACAUACCCUCCUUAACUUAUGCUAAAAUUGCUCAAAUAUGAUUGGACAGUUAGAAAAUUAUACUUAUUUGAUUAAUUUAUGCGCUUCUUUCGUAUAAAUAUCCCAGACAACGUGGGCCUGUAACCGCCAUCUUGACUGAUCUUGUUGCGUAUGUCGUGAAUGAGGCGUGUUUUUCAAAAUUGAUUUUAAAAUGGAUAAUGAGAACGGACUUGACUCAGAAGAUGAAUUUGAGAUCGACUGUGCCUUAUUAAGUGGUAGAGAGGUAGAAAUUCGGUUUGUAGCACCGCUGACGGAAAGAGUGGACGAACCAAGACGAAGGAAGCCCCGCAGGAAGCGACAAAGAGAAGAAAAUCCUGAAACUUCGAAUGAGAGUGGAUCGCAGAGUCUGGCUGGUUCAGGACAUCCAGUUGAGUUGGACGAUGAGUUGGACGGAGCUGUAGUAGUCGAUGAGAUCCAUGACGAGUCAGAAGUUAGUGAAGAGGAGUAUCAGGAUAGUGAUUGUAGUUUGGCAGAGUCUCUAGGCUACACAGGUGAUAGGGAACAGAAAUGGCUUCCACCACAUAAUGUAAGCAGUGUUGGCCCAAAAGUAGUUUGGGCGAGAGGCAGUGCCCCAUGUAGAGCCUUAGACUUUUUCUUGCUUUUUUUUUCUUUUUCUUGCUUUUUUUUUCUUUUGAUCUGAUGGGAACCAUAAUUGAAAACCCAAACAUUUAUGCUGUGUAUGGUCAAGGAAUAGGUCAAAGCUACAUGUCCCAGGACCAUGGUUGCCAUGUGUGGAGACCCAUUGAUUUGAUGGAAUUUAGGAGAUUUCUUGCCUGUCUAUUUUAUAUGGGUAUUGUUAAGGCCCCUGCUAGGCGUAACUACUGGCAGAAUGAUAAGCUUUUUUCUGGUCUUCUUGGGUCAAUGUUUAUUCCAACAUUUUCUAGGUAUUGUGGAAUACUUGCUGCCCUUCAUUGUGUAAGCCCUGAGACAGAGGACAAAAGUGAUCCUUUAGGAAAAAUAAGGAAUUUCUAUGACCAUAUGCGAAGUCGCUGUAAGGAACUUUUUACUCCUGGUAAAUGUGUGUCAAUAGAUGAACGUAUGGUUAAGUCUAAGGGUAGGUUCUUCUUCAAACAAUAUAUAAUGAAUAAGCCCACUAAAUGGGGUUUCAAACUUUGGGUUCUAGCUGAUUCUGCUACAGGCUACAAUUGGGAUAUGGUGGUUUACACUGGUAAAAGCAGAAAGGAUGAUUGGGAUGAUUUCAGUGUUGUUGAUAAUAGUUUUGAAGGGAUAGAAAGAGGACUUGGUAGAGCUAAGGCUUUUAAUGAAAACCCCAAUCCAGAAAAUGCAGGAAAUCUCAUCAACCAAUUAGCUGCCAGAGUUGUUAUUAAUUUAACAAAACCUCUGGUAAACAGGGGGUAUGUUCUUUUUGCUGAUAACUUUUAUUGCAGUGUCCCAUUGUUCCAAUAUUUGACUUCAGUUGGUAUAAAUGCUGUUGGUACUGUAAGGGAAAAUUCCUCCUCUUUUCCUGAGGUAAUGAAAAAUAGGCAGUCUUGGGGGAAGAAACUUGAUCGAGGAACAAUAAGGUAUAUUAGAAAUGGGGAAAAGCCGAAUGAUGUGUUGCUUGUACAGUGGGUUGAUAGGAAUGUUGUCUCUGUUCUCUCCACCUACCAUUCUGCCAAUGAUUAUGAUUAUUGUACAAGGAAUACAAAGGUUGAUGGAAUUCAUAAAAAGGUUAAGGUUUUGAGGCCUAAAUGCAUUUCAGAUUAUAAUAAAGAUAUGAAUGGUGUAGAUUUAUCUGAUCAGAUGUACCAUAUGUAUUCUGUUCAAUAUAGGACUAAAAAGUUUUGGAAAACAUUAUUCUUUCAUUUUGUUGAUAUUUGUGCUUGGGAUGCAUAUGUGUUUUGGAGAGAGCUUAGAAACCCAACCCCUGAGCAGAAAAUGCCUAAGAACUAUUCUUUUCUUGAUUUUAAAAAGGAUUUAGCCCUUCAGCUUGCUUUUGUUGAGCAGAAAGCCAUUAGAGCAGAACCAGAGGUCAGAUCAUUUGCAGAUUUAGGUACUAAAGCUAGUAAUGUAGAGGACUUCAUCUGUAAGGCAACAGCUCAUGCAGUAAAUAGUGCAAAGCGAAGAUCAGCAACUUUGAAGAAGGCAGUUAGUAAAAAGGAAUUGUGGCAGAAUAGAUUAGAGAAAGGGCAUUUGCCGGUGAAGCUUGAGAAACACCAAGUUUGCAAAGUUUGCUCAGUUAUGAAGUCAGUGCAUAGCAUAGAUCAAAGUUAUAGAGCAAAAACCUCAUCAUUUUGCUGUGUUGUAUGUGAUAUCCCUUUGUGUAUUGGAGAAAGAAACUGCUUCUUGCUUUUCCAUUCCCCAGAGUUUGAGCAGUACAAGGAAGCUUUCCUAAGUUACAGUCGUGAUCGCUAGAUUAGUUGUUGUUUUUGGUAAAUUCAUGUAGACUAGAUAGAGAAAAAGCAAAAAAAAGUAAAAAAUAAAAAAGCAUAAAAAGUAAAAAAGAACAUUUGGUUAAAAUUACAAUCUUUUCUCUCCAAGAUUUUGUGUUUUUUACUUGUUUUCUUUCUCUUAAAAGUCGAAAUCGAAAUUGCACUUGCCAAAUUGAAUUGAAUUGUUUUAGACCCAUUGUUGCAUAUUAAUUAAUUAAAAAAAGACUGUUCAAGAAAAAUGAUUGAUAUUUCAACUCAGUGUGCUAAGACUAUGACAAAAUACAUUAUUGAAAGAAAAAAGUAGUUAAGUGUUUUAUUAUUGAAGAUAAUUGACCUUAAUUAAAAAAGUUAUUUUCUGUUAUAUUCAAUUAUGCAAAUUGGAUGCUAAUUAAUGUCCAAUUAUAAUAUAAUUUUGACAUAAUAAGAUCAUUUGCAUAAAAUACAGCUAUUGAUGAUUACUUGGGCAAAAGAUCAUCCAGUUAUCUUGAAAAAUCAAUUUUUGCUGAAUUUUUAGAUAAAGUAGGCAAAAAUCCUAAAAUUCUGUCAAUAACGAAAGGGUUAUGCUAUCUAUAACUCAUCGCUGAGAACAUUAUAUUGUAAAACGAAAAUAUAUAACUUCAUGUGUAAUUUUUAAUUAUGAUGUAACUAAAAAAACAGAAAGACAAUAAUAUCGAAACUUAAAUGACGUCCAUUGCGACGAAGACAGAUUUUCAAAAAUUAAUAAAAAGGAGGGAGGGUCUCUGCAGAUUUUGGCACUAGACACGCCCCUGUUUGCAAUGACGGAAAAAGAAAUUCAAAGUGUCAUAUUUGGGUCAAAAAACGCAAAAAGUAUCUGCGUAGGAAAACAGAACGACGUUGGUAGGGUUGGGAAAGAACGAAUAGCGAGCAUGUUGCGAGACCCAUUUUAUAAAGGACAAAUGCUUUUUGAGAUUAACUCUGUAGAGUCUCCUUUACAAAUCCUUGAUAUCAAGCUUGAUUAGUUAAGCCAUCUUUUUUAGUUAUUUUAGUUGUAAUUUAUUUUUAAAUAUUUUAUACAUUACCGGAGCUUUAAUCAUGUUUCCAAAUCUUUUUUUUAAUCUCCAGUCAAGUCUUCACUAACAUUUCUUUGUAAAGUCAGGUCAUUUGGUUAAAUCAAAAUAUUCUUCAGAAGAGUUACAAUAUUUUUAUCGACAAAUUCUUGUACA